CAUACUCAAAAAUUGUUCACAUCUGUCAUUGGAUAUAUUAAACACGAAGAACGGCACACAAACCACAUCCUCCUCUGAUCGUUUUCACUAUGCAGCUGCAGAGUGUGCUAUAUCUCUGUCUGAUACAGAUUUUGGUCUCAUAUUCAAAAGGUAAUGACUGGAGAAUAAAUGUCACAAGAAGCUUUAAUGUAACCAAGGGCUCGAAUCUAACCAUACCGUGCUCGUUCAGCUAUCCAUCAAAGUACCAGACGAAUGAUGUUCAAGUUUACUGGAAAACGAGAGGCCGAAGUGAAUGCAGUAAGAAUGACAAUGACAAGAAUGCAUUUGUUUUCCACCCAAAUGAAACCUGUGUGCUUCCAAAGUACAAAGGACAGACAAAGGUCAUCGGAGAUAAAGACGGAGGAAACUGCUCUCUACAGAUCCGGAACAUAACGAAUAAUGAACCGUACAUAUAUUUGCGGAUUUUUGUAAAAAAUCAAAACUAUAGUUUCACCAAAAACAAUGUCAAAAUCUCUGUUCAAGGUGCAGUCAUUCAAACACCAGAUCCUACAAGGUCCGUUGUAUUCACUUCUGAAACCCCAACAACAACGCCGAACAUCGUCGCGGGUGACAAUGGACACCUCAACAUAUACCUGACCAUCUUUAUACCAGUUCUGGCUCUCACGCUGAUCGUCUUUAUCACUGGAAUUGUCUUUUACAUUAAACGCAAGCGGUCAAACACACUCAAUCGAGAGGAAUCUGGAUUCUAUGUGAACUUCAACAAAGCAUCAUCUGAUCCACCCACACGUGGGAGGGAGGAAUCUUACAAAACAGGUGUUUUACCCUCCGAACAGAAAACCAUUGAUGAACCUACCUACGUUAAUGUUCAGGAACUUACAGAUGGAAUGGGCCAACAUUUGGAUUACAUUGAUGAUGUCUAUGUAAAUGUGGAUUAUUCAAAGUAAUAGAAAACCUGCAAUUUACAACUGUACAUAUAACUGUAUUUAAUUGUGAAUACAUACAUAUUCUGGCGUUUUUAUUCUGUGUAAUGUGCCAUUACUGGAACCUGGUCGUCAGUUUCACUUCUGGGCAGCACACUGAGGGGCAUUGAAAUACAUGGAAAUUGCUCUUUCAUUUUGUUUCUUUGCUAGAAAAGCAUAGAAACUCAAAAAUGAACUCCUGUUUUCUGUUUAAUUUCUUCAUCUAUUCUAAGUAGCAGGAAGGAAGGAUGAUGACAAGCACACCAAGCCGCAUUUCAUCAACAAGUUCAGUGUUAACUGAAUUACCACAUUUUCUUCUCUUACUCAAUUUGCCUAUGUGCAUCCGGUGUAUCUGCUAGGCUUAAAAACUGUUUGUUUUCUUUUAAAUUGGUUGUUUCCAGACUAAUUUUGCAACACAAAGCUGAAUUUCAAGCCUUUGCUAAAAAUAAGGGGUAAACUAGUGGAAGCACAGAGUUGAAUUUAAACACUACUGCAACAGAUAUUUAACGCUGAAUUAAAUAAUGAGAAUGUAUGUGCUAUUUACCUCCUAUGGACAUGAGUAAAGCUACAUAAAUACAUGUCCCUGAUUUAGGCUCAAUGGAAACAAUAAAGUUUGUUAAAUACUUGUAUCAUAAGUAGUUGGACAACAUCAAAAAAUGAAAGGUGUUUGGGCACCUUGUAAUAAACUACUUUGAAUGAUUUAUUGGCAUUUACAUCCACUCAGUAGCUUAAAACAGUGACGGUGACAAGAUCGUUAAUAGAUUAAAUUGAAAUGUAUUAAAACUGCCUGGUGUAGUAAUCCAAUAAAAAUGUUUGCUUUUCAACACAAAGUUGUUUAUUUUCAGGGCCACAUGUUGUAAUCUUGGAGUGAAGAAUGCUGAGGUUUUGUUUCUGAUGAAAAUUGGAUUUGUAAGAUAAUUUAU